ACGAAGGGCCAAAUUUAACGGCGAAAGAGUAGUCCUUUUUGUGUCAAUAAGGAAGGUUUUACUAAUCGUGUUAAACAAUGGUGAAAAGUCCCGCCGUUACAGGCAUAUCGCCGAAGGAAGGUCCUCCGGGAACCCGUGUUACGAUACGUGGCGAAUUUCUUGGCAACAAAGCUACAGAUCUCGUCGGUCUAACAAUUUGCGGAUGCGAUUGUCUACUGUCGGCCGAAUGGAAGUCGGAUAAAAAAAUCAUAGCCCGUACCGGGGCGGCUAAAGGGAAGGGUGAUAUAAUUGUCACCACUCGCGCGGGUGGCACGGGCACCUGCACGGUGCAAUUUCGUGCGUACUAUGAAACGAUUGGUCCGAUGAAAGAAUCCGCAGUAUGGAUCGAAGAAUCGCCGAUGCAGUCGUUAGCCUGGGGACGUCGCACACUGGCACCGACCGGUUACACUCAAGAAGACCCGCUUGGACUUUCCAAUGAGGGCAAUGAGAAAAAGUUUCCCGAUGAUUUACGUGACCUAUUUCCGGAUGGAUCGGGUGAUUUGUCGCAGGAGAAUUUCAUGCCUGGUUGGUUCCUGUUGGAAAACCAUCACGCUACCUCCUUCGAGGAUCUGAAAGCGGGUCUAUCGUAUCUGCGCCGGCGGGUGGAAAGUCAGAAGGAGGGCCAGCUUUCCUUUCUCAAGUCUAACGCCGGAUCGGUGAUCGAUCAGCUCGAUACGCUGAUGACGCUGCGCGAUCGUAUCACGCAAGACAAUAAAAUGCACGGGAAGGAACCGGUUCGCCACCUGGAUGUAGCUAUACGUAGCUCGAUCGAUGCUUCGCAUGAGUUGUUCAAGGAUGUGCUGGUGCGAAAGGAAAAAGCCGAUGCAACGCGAGCUGCUCUUUCUGCUAUAUCGCGUUAUAAGUUCCUUUUCUGCUUACCGAAUACGGUUGAAAAAGCGGCACUGAAGAACGAGUUUGAUAUAGUUGUAAAUGAUUACGCACGUGUGAAAAAUUUGUUUGGAAAAACUGAAGUUCCGAUCUUUCGAAAAGUGCUCGAGGAAGUGGACAUCAAAAUUCUUGCCAUUCGGCAGCAGUUGCAUGGGAAAAUCAAAGUAAUGCCCCAGGGAGUGGAGCAGCAGAAAAAGAUGAUUAAAGCUCUGAUCAGCUUGGAAGCCCAACAAGCCGGCACGAGUGUAGCGGGAAAGUUGAAAAUAGAGGAUCCCGCCUGGGACGCGAUCGAAGCCCGCGCCAAGCACCUCGAAGAAACGUUCCUCAAGGCCUACGAACAGCACACAGGAAAGGAGUCGACGCACGGCAGUGACUCGAAGUCACGCACCGAUCCUUCAGUCACGCCGGUGCGGGUGCAAUUUUGCGAAGAAAUGACCGAGAUAGCCGCCAGUCAAUUCCCAGAUUUAUGGCGCCUCGGGCAGGCUUAUUUUACUGGUGAACUGCGUGGUGCAUCCCAACCCAAACCGGGCAACUUUAAACGAAUCAUUCUGACGGCUAUUGAGCAGUUUUGUUGUUAUUUGCGAUCAGCAUUGCUCGCUUCGAGUAGUUCCCAUCGGUCGUUAGCUGCGUCGGUGACUGCGGUGAAGGGUCUACCAGCUUGGCCCUCUGCAAGCCCUUCGUUGAACUUCCUCAUAACAUGGCUUCCGCACUGCUUGCGAUAUGUACGCGUGUCGUACGCCACUCUGAUCCGUUUGGAUCUACCGAACGAAGCGCUGGACAUAGUUCUGAAGUUCAUCGAUGAACUGCGGCUCUAUUGUAUGUCAACGAUCCUGAAGAAGGCAAACGAACGAGUGAAGAAAUUGCACGAGAAGGAAAUGUGGGAACUAACGGUGGCGGAGUUUGCCGGUGCAACCAGUUUACCUGCAAAGCUGGAGGAAAUUUUGAUCGAAGUAAUCGACGAUGCACAGGUCGCUUGCUUGACACCUGAAGUGAGAGAAUCGACCCUGCUCGAGCCACAAUCGGAUGGCCAACGCGAACUUUCCAAACGCUUUCAGGAAAUUCUAAGCUCCUUCUGCACCGUUAUCGAAACACUGGCCUUGCAACGGUCUGACGAAGAUCCGCAGCAGGCACCGAUGCUGUCACAACUGAUCGGAUUUCCCGCCGCACUACUCCAGCAACAGAUGAGCACCGGGGACAAACGCGAAUGGGGCAGCCCUUCGAUUACGUGGGAGCAACGGUUGCUAUGCUGUCUGUCUAACUGCAUCUAUUGCAACCGUAUUUUCUUCCCCAAGUUGGGUGAUCUUUUCACACGCCACAGUUUUCCCGUGCCAACGCUGGCCAUCGAGAACUCUCGUUCGACUGUUAACGCGCUGUUCGGAAGUCUACUCGAUAUGUACGUAGAGCACAAGAGUGACCCACUGGUUGGUACGAUCGAGCCGUCGAUGUAUCUCGGCCGGUUCCAGUGGGAUCUGGUGGGACCAUCGGAGAAGCUUAGCCCGUACGCACACGAAUGCCUCGACAAUCUGGUGUCGGUGUACUCGGAGAUUUUUGCUAUUUCACCAUUUCUACUAAGGCCGAUCCUCGAACCGAUCGUGCAAACGGUGGCAGAGGAACUGGCUCGCCUGAUGACUUGUGUACAGAAAUUUAACAUCCAUGGAGCAAUGCAAGCAACGGUGGAUAUUCACGUCAUACGGGAUGCUGUGCGUGUUUACAGCAACGAGACGGCCAAAUCAUUCUUUGUAGAAGCAUUGGAUGCUAUACCACCAGUGUCUGAAAGCGAGAAGAAGAUCUCAGAAACGGUCAAGACGAUCAAAAACAACAUCCGUUUGCAGAUCAUGUGCCUGCAGGUGGUGGAUCCUUGAUUGGAUGCCUUCAUAUGGAUUUCAUAUCGUACGAAAAAGAAAUCCAUAGCGAGAAAAACGGAACCAGCCAAGAUUAAGAACACCCAGUAAAAUAUCAUAAGCUAUUGCCUUCGUUACCGGCGUAUCAACAUCUAUUGCACUGUAGAAAUGUAUAAUCUAAAAGGAACUAUACUUUAUGGUUAGACAUUCUAAAUAUCUGAUCGUUUUUAUAAUAUGGCCAGUGACGCUUUUAGCUGUUUAAUUAUAAAAAUAACAUAUUAAUGUAUACUGCUGUUUCAAAAAUAUAUAAAAGAAAAGAUA